CGCUACGUCCGACAGUCGUGUCUACGGCGCCACACCAGACGCUCGCGCGCUACUCUACCCCGACCGGCUCACGAAUAAUGUUUCAGUGUUUGCCAAACUCAAUUGGAGGUCUCGGUAGAAGUAUCGUAUUUAAUAGUUUACACUGUAUAACCAACAGCAUAGUCUCAGUGAGUGUUACGCAGUGUGUACGGAAAAAACUUUGUCGAAGAUUCUGAAGAAUCUUUCGUAAAUUGUGUAAAUCGCCGGCCGCGGUCGGAUAGCAUUUUGCACAAACUUUUCGACGGUGUGCGUUGAACCCAUCGCGCGCAUCGUCCCUGUGAUAAGGGGCCCUGUGAUAUCGACGACUUCGUCUUAGCUUUAAAACUAGUUAGUCCUUAGAAAUUAAACAAAAUGUCGGCGACCGACACGCAGAUAUUCCCAUUCGACUUCUGGGAUACGUUGGACGAGGAGUCAAUGGAGCUGACUCAAACAUCAGAGUUCUGGACGCAAGUCCAGUACGAGGCGGAGCGGCUGGACUUGGUGCCGCCAGCAGAUCUAGAAAUGCUCCAAGAUGAGCUGGAUUGGAGAAUAUUGGACGCUCCGGAAGAGCUAGAACAUAAAGAGAACAUAGUCCACCAUGACUGUAUGUGGGCAGGCUCGUGCGUUGACUCCGUUCACCCGACGAACACAUUUGUACCAUCCGAGCUGUCGCGGGCAGCGACGCCGGGGCCGGGACAGAGCCUGCUCCGACGGGACAUGUCCCCGCCUCGACCGGACACUCCGCCUUCGCUGGACGGGGACGAGCCCCCCCAGUUCCGCCAUGCCGUCGACGUCGUGGGCACAGCGCAACGCCUGCUGAGGGACUCCGCGGCCGUUGCCGCCGACCACUCCUACACCCUCGCCCGGCAACAGUUCGACAAUCUGGGCGUGCAAACACCAUCUGACUCCUGUGAAUCAGAGGAGGAAAUCGACGUGGUAUCCCUCGGCACGUCGCAGCUGCCUUUGGCCGCAACCCACGUGCGCACAGACUCGCUCCCACGCGUGCCGUCAGCUCAGGAGCGCCAGCACAUCCAGCGGACAGUAGCCUCGGCCAUGAGUCCUAGACCAGCUGCUCGCAAGCGAUUGGUCCCGCCAACAACAAUGGCGGCCGCCGUUCCGCGCCGAAGAGCGCGCGGUCCCGGCCGCCGCGGACGCCGCUCCAACACUGACACUGACUCUGAGGCCGAGGCCCCAGAAAUGGAGCGACGCUCCAUACACAACGACAUGGAGCGCCUCCGGCGGAUCGGCCUCAAAAAUCUCUUCGACGAACUCAAGAAACAGAUCCCAGCCACGAAAGAUAAGGAGCGCGCUCCAAAGGUCGUUAUACUCCGCGAAGCCGCUUCACUGUGUCGUAAGCUCAGAGAAGAGGAGAUCGAGCGCGAAUGUCUCAGAAAACAGCAAAACAAACUCCUCACCAAAUUGAAAAAGCUCCGCACUAUGGUGGCCGCGCGCUAUCGUCCGUAUUGAGGGGUGCGCGCCGUCUCUCCUUGGUUUUAGCUUGUUCUUUGCGGAACUCCCAGGGCUCAUCCACGUGACACUAUGAACUUUUGUACGUAAGUCGCUUCGUAACCUACUGGACGUUGUGAAUGGGCCCGGUAGAGCGAAAGCUCGCCCGUUUUAGUCCCUAGUCGGGAGUGUAACAGUUUCAGCUUUAAUGGCUUACUCUGCUUACUGUGGGAAACUGAAGUUUUAAAUCAAUAACUCGGGAGUUAUUAUGUUUUGCUCAACGAUAUUAUGCAGUGCCAAAGUGAGCCAUAAAACUGUUUUUAACUAUAAAUUCCUAGGUUCUCAGUAAAAUAUCUUAACUCACAGACUGCUUCGUGAACUUGUAGACUGGUUAUACCUCUAAAAUGUUUUUUGAAUUAUCAUUAAAGUAUAAAUAGUUGACAUAGCGCAUUACAGAUUUACUCCGUGUUGAAUAUUCGAAAAAGAUAUGACAUUUGUUGAUAUUGUUUCGAAACAGUAACGAAGAUUUUUUACUGGACCUUCCAUUUUUAAGAUAAAUAGAUGAUAAUGUACCAUGGUGUUUCAGUGUCACGUUUAAAUGUAUGAUGCGAGAGAGUUUGUGGAUGGUGUAGAUAGGGUUGGGGGCGACGCUAAUGAUGUGUUUAAGUAAAGAUUGUUUGGGCGGGCGUCGCGAGCGCGCUAGACGUCGCUCGGAAGCGCGCGAUGGCGCCUGUGGCGCUCGAGCGCGCUCAGCGGCGCCCGCGCACGCGCCGCCCCAUGUUCGAGGUUGAAGGAGACACGCUGGCCAAUAUAUAUGUUUUCGGGCCGAUAAGUAGGUUUUCUAUUACAGUCCUCGACCCAGCGAGCGCCGGGCGAGGUAGUGAUAACUUGUUUUAAAUGAUAUUACUAUAAGUUUAAAGAAUACUUAGGUUAGCUCGCUUAUGUUUUUUAGCGUUUUGUUAUUUUGUAAAAUUUUAACACUUUAAAAUGUUUUUUACAUAUAGUCGCGCAAUUAACUCCGAUUCACUAUUUUAUCACUUGGAUUAACGUAUUGGACCAUUUUAAGCGUUUAUACAUAUAAUUAAUUUACAUCGUAUUGCAGCUGCAAAAUAAAUUGUUAUCGCAUAUUCUGAUCGCUUAGCAAUAUAAAAUCACCAAGUAUGACAUAGAAUAUGAUAUUUUAAAAUUUAUUUUCCGCUUGAAAAUAAAAUCUUACUUUAAUCGUAUUGACUAUAUCGCAAUAGUUAUGUCCGAUUGACAUUAAGUGAAAUAAUCUCAGUGACUAGACCGUCGACCGUCAAUAGCUACAAUUCAUUAUAUUCAUAAAGGAGAUUUAUAAAAAAUAACCACGUCAUAGUUCCUCAUAGUACCUACUUAUAGUAAAUUUUGCAUUUCUUUAUAGGUUUUUUACAGUAAGUUAGUGUAUGUGUCGCUAGAGUCCGGACGGUUAGUUGACGGCUUUAAUGGCGGAAUGUGCCUUGCUGUGUAUAUAUUAAUGAUAAUUAGGUUUACUCUCGAAUUAGUUGCAAGAAAUAUUUUUUGUGAGAAAUAUUAUGUAGGGUAGUCGAUAUAUAAGUAGCCGUACACGGGAUCGAGGUGUCGUGUUAAAGAUUUGCAGUUUAUCUUCCACUAGCUCUACGUGUACAUAUAGGUUAGAACAUAGUAGUAUGUUAAACGGUUUUUUUUUAUAAAACGAGUUUUUUUUUCUAGUAAUUGUUUAGUUUUUUUUUCUGAACUGGAGAAUAGCUUACGAAUUCUCGAAUGUUGUACCUGCAUUUAAUUUUUUGUUAAUCUUCUUGACAUAAAUAAUAAAGAUAAUCUAAUGAUAAUAGAAGGAAUAACCUAAUGGUUUAGUUAUCCGCAAGCGUAAUUGGUUUCUUGUGAUAGAAAAGGAAAAUUAUAGGUUUCACAUAAGAAAAAGUCAGUAGUUUAAUGGUUAAUGGUAAGAAAUGACAGCUUUAUAAUCUGUAUACAGAUCGGGAUAGUAAAAAGCGAAAAAAUACUGCACAUUUUGUGACAAGGCACAUUUCCACCACUGCCAAAUGAAUAUAAAAGUAAUCGAAAAAAAAAUAUAAUUACGUAGCAACUUGGUUUGUAAAUUUUAUAAAAGUAAGGGUUGGAUGAUUAAGUCAUGUUAUUGUUUAAUUUUUAUUACUUUUUCUUUGUGUAGUAUCCUAGUAAGAUAACAUCUGCCGCCGCGCCAGCGUGGCGACGCAGGCGCGGCGUCGCGCCGCUAUUGAGAGUGCAGCACACAACAUAGAUUCCGCCUAAUAUUGACAGUGUGCGCUGCAAUCCCUGAAGCGGCGUCAUUACGACCUGUGUACUUACCACAUAUGUUUUGGAUACUAUUAUUAUUGAGAAAUUUGAGAGAAGUUUUUUUGGUUUUUUGUUCCUUAAUUAUGUGUAUCGAAAAUAUUAAGAUAAUCUUAAAUAUGGAAAUAAAAGGCCAAGUCAGGGCGGAGCUUCGAUAUGUUGGCUAGUUGAUUGUGAUUUUUAUACUGUUGGGGGGUGAUUAUUAAAUAGGGUUUUGAUUCUGUGAUUGGUACAUUUGGUACCGGCGGUAAUUAUUAAAAGCUCUGCCUUGGCUAGCUGUAAAAAAA